AUGGGAAUAUCUGAAGAAGUGAAGAUAUCCCUGCCGACUGGAGGAGAUGUCAGACUUCCUGUCCGCGUAGCUGCCCGAUGUACUGGAAAAGAACUAGUCGAGCUUUGUUGGGAGGCUAUUCCAGGUUUGAAGCGAGAGGACCAUCUGUUCUGGUCGAUAAGAGUGACGCCGUCACCGAGCUCCAGUCGCGAUGUCGAUUCUGUAUUUACUUGGCUACAGCCUGAUAAGAAGCUCUCUGACCAAGGCAUCAAAAGUCGAGAGCUAGAAUUUGUACCACGGCUUUAUCCAGAGAAACAGCGUGGCUGCCCCCGUGGAAAGGCGAUUACAAAUUACCUGAUGAUUGCGACGAAUCAGGCGACUUACGGAGUAGAGCUAUUCCGUGGCGUUCAUGACAAAAACAAGCACGAGUGGGUGGUUGGAGUCUGUUACAAUGGCAUUCAUCGGUAUCAUGUGACGUCGUUGGAUCAUCCGGACAAGAUCUAUGAUUGGAAAAAGUUGGACAAUCUGUACUUCAAGGAUAAAAAAUUCACAGUGGAAGUGUGCUCCGACGAUCCCAAAACUCCGCGCUCCAUGAGUUGGUACGGCCGCGGUGUCACCAUUCGCGCCCUCUGGAACGCCGCUAUCCACGCGCACAUGAGCUACAUCGACUUGCGACCGAACAAGAAGCUCCGACACGAAUACCCAAAGCUUAUCGAAGAGCUCGAAAAGAAACUGGACAAGCCUUGCCUCGCUGGGGCGAACUUUCAAAUUCCCGACAUUCCGCUAGAGUCUCAAGAUGGCGCUCGAUUGACGAAAAGUCGAAGCUCUGAAGAAAGUCCUGAAAGACGAGCGAAAGAACUCGAGGUCCUCAUCGCACUGAAAUCGAAACGAAGAAUGCUCGAAGAUCAGUAUUUCCAACGCGUCGAACAGCUCAAAUCCAUCAUGCGCCAGGAAGCCCAGCUGACGAAGAUCAUCCCGCCAGAGUUCAAAAAAUACCUGACUCAGGAAGACAAAGAAUUGAACAAAGAAGUCAUCAACCAUGCAAAAACGCUUCAAGAAACGACGUUCAAAUUCGAAGGACUCGACAAGCAAAACGACUCCAAAGACGGCAAAGCGUUGAAGAAGACGAGCUCGGUUACGUCUGUCACGCCUGUGAAUCGAUCUGAUCAAGCACAGGAAGAACUGAGGAGGAUAGCGAAAGAUCUGGGAGUCAAUCAAAAAAUAACAGUUUGUUUAUCAAAGCUCAACAAUAAAAAGCUCGAAAAUGAAUCAAAGAAGCAGACCUACGCCAGGAAAUAUCAAGAACAGCUGUACCGAAAAUAUAAGAACAAAGUCAAUUCGCUCGAGGAGACAAAAACGCAUCUUGAACGAAUCAUCGUCAGCCCGACAAGCCCAAUGUCGCUUUCCCCCGAUCUCCCGAGCGAUUUGAAGAUGUCGCGCAUCUCUCUCGACCGAGGGCGGCACUCGAUCGACGACGUCGGAUCCGUCAGUUCAAGCUCUUCUCUUCCGGAUACUGAUGGUCCAAAUGGCGGUCGAAUGAGCGGCUCGGCUACUCCGCGAUCGGCGCAUUCGACAACCUCCCUCGAAGACGCUGCUUUGAACACUGGUCCUACGAGACAGUACUCGAUUCGUCGCGAAAGUGGAGGGCCAAUUAUUCAGAAUCAUCCCCAUCGACCGCCAUCUCCUUCUUUCAGAGAUGGUUCCUCCACUUCUGACGGCGGAAGCUCUUCCCAUAUUCCGAGGAGAGAUCGCCCACCGCCAGUCCAAGAAAGAACCUCCAGUUUAACUCCCACACUUGCUCGGAGAACUAGCCAACCAUUAUUGAGUUUACCUGACGGAAAUGUCACCCUCCGACCGCCACGAAAGACCUACCAAAACGACAGCGGGGCAACAUUGAGCCGAACUGGGCCGAUCAAGGUUGAACAUCCGGCCAGCGCGAGUGCGAUUAAGACCUUUUCCUCUGCAGAGAUAGAAUCGCGCUACUGCUCGAACAGAGGCGCCUCAGCAACAAUGAGCCGGGGUUACUCGGAUUAUCAAAACAAUCAAAAUACGAACAAUCAAAAUCAUUACUUCUACGGGGAGGCGUCUGGUCAAUACAUGCACCCUGGCUAUGGCGCCAUGCCCAGAGCUCCUACGGAAUUCGACGCCCUGUCGGAAAUGAGCUUCGGCUCUGAAGCAAAUGUAAAUAACAUUCAAUCGCGAAAACACAUUCGGCAAUUGCUGCACGAACAUUUCACCAACAACAGCUCCACCAACCGCUCCAAUCAUCACGCCGCUGCUCCAUCGUCCUAUCAACCUACCUAUCAACGCAUCGCUGUCAACAGAACGAGGUCCAAAGAAACUAGUUCAAGAGACACUUUCGAACCUGCCCACCAUGAUUACAGAGAAAUGGUAUGCGGUAGUUUGGGAUACGGAGUCUCAGAUUCUGGCACUGAAGCUGCUAAGCGUCGCGAAAUUCUUCCAGAAGCUUCUGCUCCCAAAACAACUGGUCUGCGAAACAAUGUCCGGAGCGCCCUUCAAAGCCAAGUUCUAAAAUCAAACACUAACACUAUUAAUAAUCACAACACGCCUAACAGAAACUCGAUUCUAUCUAACUACUAUUCGCUUCCUCGAAAUCCGAAUCUUAAUCGCUCUUUUGAAGCGGAUGCCAAAACAGAGCUCGAUCAAUUUGAACGAUCCUUCGAAGCUGAAGAUCUUCUAAAAUCGAGUCCAGAAAAAAGUACAGAAGGAAUAAUCAUUCCUGGAAGCACCUUAGAUCUGAGAUUUUCAAAAGACGGUUAUGUUAAUAUGAGUCUUUAUUUGUCGUUUUGCGCAAAUUACGAUGUGAUGGAAGAUUUGUUCACAUUGCAGCAAGAAGCGGAAAAGCAACGAAAAGUUGAGUACGAUGCAGCGCUCAGGAUUCAAGCAUGGUUUCGCGGAAAUCGCAUCAGAAAGUACAUGCGAUUUUUGCACGAGACCGCUGCGAAAAUCCAGUCAACUUUCCGCAUGUUCGCUCAAAGAAAAAGAUAUUAUGUAAUGGUCAAAGAAGCUCUAGUACGUCAAAAAGAAGCAGAAGCUCACAAAGCAGCUGCCAAAAUCCAGACGAUUUGGCGAGGAUAUUAUACCAGAAAAUAUGUUCAUAAUUACUACGCUCGAAAGCAUUAUCUUUUGGCAGUGGAAGAGAAAAAUAAAGAAGUAAGAGAGCAACUUGCUCGAUUUGCGGCGAAGCAGAAGGAGGCAAAAGAGCGAGAAGAAAGAAUCAAACUUGAAGAAGAAAAGAUUCUUCUUGCGCGCAAGAAUCACUACAUGAUGAGUACCUAUCAACAAAAUGGUGUUUUUGCAUCUCCUUGGUUUCCAAACAGCGGGUUUGAAGACCUCAUGGCCCAAGUCCCUCCACUAAGCAAAGAGGAACGAAAACAGCUGAUGAAAAAUGGAAAAGAAAGUCCAAGAGAGCUGCCUCCUUUAAAAAAGGUGGUUCCUCCGAGACUGCAGGGGCCGUUUAGGGAGCCAAUGAUGGUCCAUAAUCAGAGGUACAGGGCUCUUUCGCCGACUCUUCGAGUUGCUACGAGCAUCAACAGCGUCAAGGAAGAACAGACCAAGGAGAAGCAACGACAAUGGAUUAGGAGGAUUCAUGAUGACCCCAUGAAAUUCUCGAUGGACAAAGACAAAUACGUCCCCCUAAUUCAUACGAAGGAAAAGUUCGACCGCAAGCUGUACGGUCAAAAAUCCUUCCGCGAAGAAAAGGAAAACUCGACUGCAUUCAAAACGGUCGUUCCCGCGAUUCCGCUGUUCGACAAGUUCGGCAAAGAAAGAUCAGCGACUCUUACAAAUUGA